UCAGACUCGGCGGGCUACUCGACGCACUCUCUGUUCAAAAAUCUGUGGUUGGUCAGGAAGACGACCUAGAAUUCGCUAAACCACAAUCACCUAGAGGCUCUCUCAGUGUAUCCCUAACCAGCAGCCGCACGUGAAUGAGAUCGAGUCUCUUAUAUUCAGCCCUGAUCGGUCUACUAAUCAGCAUUGCACUUCCUCUAAUAUCUAUCCACCGCUUCUCAGAAUUCUCCUUCAUACCUGAGGCUGAUCGUCCAGCCCAGCUAAACUUUCCUUUUUACAACAUCCUAGAUAUCAUCUUGACCCGCCUCCGUUCUUCGCCAGCCUUGAAAAUGGCAACGUCUGGGCCAGAUGCGCCUCGUUUCACCAAGAUCCAGAAAAUCGAGCCAGACUAUUGUCCUGGCUCCAUCACUCAAUAUGAAUCACAACGAACCGGCAUGAGGGUCGUGGUGGUCGAUCAGCAAGGUCCCAAACUCCAUGGCUACUUUGUCCUUGCUACCGAGAUUCACGACGACUCGGGCGCUCCUCACACUCUUGAACACCUGUGCUUUAUGGGUUCAAAGAGCUACAAGUACAAGGGCUUUCUCGACAAACUGGCGACGAGAGCCUAUUCCAACACCAAUGCCUGGACAGCCACGGACCACACGGCCUACACCCUCGACACCGCUGGCUGGGCUGGCUUUGCCCAGAUCCUCCCAGUUUACCUCGAGCACGUCAUUCUUCCAACCCUCACCGACGCGGGCUGCACGACCGAAGUCCAUCAUAUCGACGGCAGUGGCAAUGACGCUGGUGUCGUCUAUUCCGAGAUGCAGGGCGUUCAGAAUACUGCGUCCGAAUUGAUUGAGUUGGCAUCUAAGCGUAUCCUGUAUCCUGAAGGCGUGGGCUUCCGAUAUGAGACAGGCGGAAUGAUGGAACAACUCCGAGUCCUGACCGCCGAUCGCAUACGAGAGUUCCACCGCGACAUGUAUCAGCCCAAGAACCUGUGUCUGUUGUUGUUUGGGGAGGUUGAUCACGACGAAUUGCUGCAACUCCUAGACACCUUUGAGACGUCCAUAUUGCCCGAUAUCCCAAGUCCCGAUAAGCCAUUCAAACGGCCGUGGAUGGAGUCGAACCUCGCGCCAGCCUUGUCUGAAUCGACUCUUCAAAAGGUCGACUUUCCCGAGGAAGAUGAAUCUUUCGGUGAGAUCGACAUACGGUUUCUAGGUCCGGAUACUGCGAGCGUUGUUGAGAUUGGCGCGCUCAGCGUUGCGCUUUUGUAUCUGGCAGGCUCUUCCGCUGCGGUGCUAGACAACACUCUAGUAGAGAAGGAACAGCUCGCCAGUGGUGUCUACUACACACUCGACAGCCGUCCCAGAACCGAAAUCGCGUUCACUCUCUCUAGUGUCGAAACAGGACGCCUGGCAGAGGUCGAGAAACGUUUCUUCGAAGUGCUUCACGGAGCUACCGACAAGCCUUUGGACAUGAAGUUCAUGAAGGAUUGCAUUGCUCAACAGCUUCGAACUUUAAAGUUCAAUGCUGAAGCAUCCCCGACCUUCUUCGCAGAUUAUAUCAUCGCGGACUACCUGUUUGGAAAGCGUGACGGAUCUACGCUCGAAACCCUGCGAUCGUUGGACACAUACGCAAAGAUUCUGCAAGCUUGGACUGAAGAAGAGUGGAAGGCCUUCCUCAAGAAGUACUUCACCGGGGCACACCAUGUUUCAAUCCUCGGCGUACCGUCGGCCCAGCUUUCCGAAAAACUCAAGACAGACGAGGCGAGGAGGAUUGAGGCACAGAAGGAGGCAUUAGGACCAGAGGGUCUCAAGCAGAAGCAAGAGCAAUUGGACGCCGCCAAAGCUGAGAACGAUCGAGAGAUCCCGCAUGAGUUGUUGGGGAAAUUCAAAGUCCCACCGACCGAGUCGAUCCAUUUUGUGUCUACGGCUGCUGCUCGGUCUGGCCUGGCUCUGCAGGUCGGGAAACCACAGAACAAGUAUCAGGAGAUCAUCGAGCAAGAUGCUCAAGCCCUUCCUUUGUUCUUGAACUUUCAGCACAUACCAUCGAAUUUUGCUAGAGUCGACGUCAUCAUCUCCACAGAGAUUCUACCCAACGAACUACGUCCUCUUCUCGCCAUCUACAUGGAAUCAUUCUUUUCCUUGCCAAUCAAACGAGGCUCAGAUGUUAUCAAUUUUGAAGACGUUGUCCUCGAGCUUGAAAGAGACACCGUUGGCUACGCUAUGGAUUCGGCCGUCAAUCGUGGCAAUAUUGAAGGCCUCCGUGUAAGCUUUCAAGUCGAACUUGACAAAUACAAGGUUGCCCUUCGCUGGAUUCAAGAGUUGAUGUUUCAAUCCAUCUUCGAUGUGGACCGAUUAAAGGCAAUCAAUACCCGCCUGCUGGCCGACGUGCCCGAUUCGAAACGCAGUGGUGAUGGUAUGUUGAUCGGCGUUCACAUGAUGACUCAUCUAUCGCCCAAGUCCAUCGGGCGCGCUCGAAGCACAUUGGUCAAGGCUCUAUAUCUGAAGCGGAUCAGAUCAUUGCUCAAGACCGAUCCUGAUGUAGUGGUGAAACAACUCGAGCGGUUGAGAAGUUUGUUGUGCAAAUUCGAGAACUUCCGCGUGGUGGUCGUGAGCGACUUGGAAAAGUUACACGAGCCGGCAAGCUCAUGGCGACCGUUUGUGCAGAAAUUGGAGGUGACAAAAGAGCUGAACCCGAUUGGUACACGUAAGGAACGGCUCAGUGAAGCAGGAAAGAACCUUGGGAAACUAGCGUAUGUGGUUCCGAUGCCCACGAUCGAUUCUUCAUACGCAUAUGCCUUGGCGAAAGGGCCUAUCUCAUAUUACGAUCCGAGAACACCGGCCAUGAUGGUGGCCAUGGCGUAUCUCAACGCCGUUGAAGGACCGUUAUGGGUCGCCGUCCGAGGAACUGGGCUUGCGUAUGGCACCAGUGUUGGCUAUGAUAUCGAGUCUGGCUUCAUCUACCUGGAGGUCUACCGGUCCCCAGACGCAUACAAGGCGUUCGAAGCGAGCCGCAAUGUCAUUAGCGGACAUAUUUCUGGAGAAAUCGAGUUUGAUCCACUCAUGCUCGAAGGCGCCAUUAGCAGUAUCGUGGUAGCGUUUGCCAAUGAGCAACGGACUCUGGCAUCUGCCGCGGUGGCGAAUUUCAUCAAGGCAGUGAUGAAGGGCUUGCCAGAAGACCACAAUGAGCAACUGCUGAAGAAGGUUCGCGCCAUUGGAGUGGAUGAGAUCAAGGACAUCCUUAAGACUUUAGUCUUUGACGUUUUGACACCUGGUAAAGCUGAUAUCGUCAUUACUUGCGCCCCAGGCCUAACAGAGGGUAUAUCUGAUGGUCUCAAGGGAGCAGGCUUUUUGCCUGAGACCCACGAUCUGAAUUAUUUCCAAGACGAUUACGGGUUGAAGACCAACGAAGGCGAAGAUGAUGACGACGGCGAUGAUGAUGACAGCGAAGAUGACGGAGACGAUGACGACAAGGACGAUGGCACGUCAGAUGACCUUGGAGGAAGCGAGGGCUACGAGAUAAUAGAAGGUGGAGGAGAGGAAUUCGACGAUGAGAAUUGAGGCCGGGAUCCUCGCAUCAUGUCUUCAUGUCUUCUUGCAGCCAGGUGUAGGUCUGUAUGAACGGACCUUCUUCGCCAUGGAUGAGUCUAUGAACAACGAUGGAUUAAAAUUUGCGCAUUAGACUGCGUGAAUGAAAUAGAUGAGAUGCUAUGACUCGUUGCAGAUAGCACAGCGC